AAGAAAGAAAGAAAAAAAAAAAAAAGAGAAACCAGAAAAGGGAGAGAACCCGCAGCUACUUAGAAGAAUUGUAAGGGGAGCGGAGCAAGAGCGGCGUUGGAGACGGCGGGAAGCAGGGGCAGGCUGCGCGCUCCCGAGGCCCGGCGAGGAGGAAGGAUGAUAAACGUGGUGGCCGUGUGGCUGGUGGCCCUUUGCUUCCAGGCUGCUGUCGCGCAAACUACAAAUCUGAACCUUCCCCCUGAAGACCUGGAUUCAUCUGGUGAUGAAGAUGAUGCAUUCUCAGGCUCAGGUGCAGGUCCUCUGACCGACCAGUCUCGCACCUGGAGAAUCCUAGAAGAAUCAAUUAAUUCCUCAGUAGUGGCAGCACCAGUGGAUUUCAGUGAACAGCCAUUUCCUGGGAUUGAGAGCAGAACUGAAAAAGAAGUAAUAUCUCCUUUUGCAACCAGUAAUGUGGUGACAGAGGAGCCAGUUGUAGCUGUGAAGGACGAAGUAUCCAUCCUGGGCUCCCCUGAUGGGAAACCAACAAGUUACGUGGUCACAACAACAGUGAGAAGCCCCACUGCUCACGUCCCUUCCCUGGUUCAUGUGACUCCUUCAGGAGCCUCUGCUGUGGUCCAUGAACCUCAGCUGCCCAGCUCUGAUGUGCCAGACACCAAGGGGAUGCCUGAGCCCCACCCUACUGCCCAUGGGGAGGGAGAUGUCGCUGCCACCCCCGCAGCCACAGCUCCAAAGGAUGCUGUUCCCACACGUGAGGAGGUUUCUGAAGAUGGCUCUGGAGACCCGGGAGACUUCAUCCUGACUAAAGAGGAGGAUUCUGUCCCCACCCAGAACUCAGAAGUACUGGCUGACUCUGAGAGGAAUGCCAAAGCAGCAGGAGCCUCGGGAAUUAUGGACAGAAAAGAAGUUCUUGGAGGUGUUAUUGCUGGAGGACUUGUAGGCUUGGUGUUUGCUGUGUUUCUAGUUGCAUUUAUGCUGUACAGAAUGAAGAAAAAAGAUGAAGGCAGCUAUUCACUGGAUGAACCAAAACAGUCUAACGGAGGAUACCAAAAACCACACAAACAAGAGGAAUUCUAUGCAUAAACAUUGAUCUUCAGGACACUUCUUAUUCCAUCUUUCUUGGACUCUUCUCUCCCUGCACGUGGACCUCCUAGUGUGCUUUGCAUUAAACUUAAGCCAUAUGAUCAUUGGGUUAUUUGCCCUUACCACUUUGUCAUUGGAAAUUUUAUAACUACAAAGUAGAUCUGGAUUCAUUGAACAUUCCCUGCUUUCUUGCACAACUUUUUUUUUUUUUUCCAAACAGAAAUGGAACUGCAAGUUUCUAAACUCACUUUGGUUUAUCUAAAGACUGCUGGGACAGGCGGUGGGGAGAGGAUAAGGGAGCACUGUAUGUAUAAAAUUCUUGAUAUUUAGGGAAAGGGCUAGCAAGAAUAACCAAUUAUCAGUGCUCAAAUUCUGUAUAGCAGGGAUCCUUCCUAUUUAAGUCAUAGAUGUGUUUUGAGCGUAACAAGUGGGUGUGGCAGACAAUUGGUACACUGCUAUCCUCUAGCUCUUUCUGACAGCUGUAUUUGGAGCACUUAAUGCCUAUGAAACAUCAUCUGAACUUGAUCUCUGCCAAAAGGAGGUGUGAGGGGCAGGGUAAACAAAUGAUUAUCACAUGAUUUAAAAUAACUUAUAUUUUGGAAGCGUUAUCCCAUACUCAGAACCAGCUCAUAAGCAGUCGAUACAUACACUAGCAAAAAGCAAACCCCAAAACUAAGCGAAGAGUUAACUUUACCAAUAGUGUUGGGCUGUCCCACUACCCCCCCCCUCCUCUCUCUCUCUCAAGGUGUAGGCAAGAAGUAGGUUUUUCUGAGCAGUCUCAUCUCAGCCAUUCCCUUUCCUAGGUGCCAGGCUGAGGCUGGCUGUGCUGCUGGAGCUGAUUUACCCCGGGGCAGUGCUGUGGCUGUCUGGGAGCCCUCUGUGCCACGGGGUGCCCUGGCACACAGGGUGGGAGGUGGGAAUGCGCUCCUGGCUGCAGCUGAGGAGCAGAGAACCAUCUGGGAUGGGCCUGGGGAAGGCUGAGCCUGCGUGGCCUUAAGCAGAUCCAGCACUUGUGUGCCUGACUCGCUGCUCCGGAGCGGCUCCUUGGGAGCUGCUCCUGCACUUUGGAGAGAAGCCACUCCAGGCUGCCAGUGUAAGGGCAGAGAAGCACCUCCUGGGCCAAGUCUGGCUGCUGGAGCUGUGUGUGGCCAGUGUGCUGUCAGGUGCCAGGCACUGGGGCUCCGGAGCCCUGCAGAGCGUCCCAGACCCAGGAACACGGUGUGGUGUUCUGUACCAGCCUUACUUCUGCUCUGCCUCUGGGCAGCUUCUUGCCACUUCAGUUCCUCGUCACUCAGUGCAGAAGGUAUGGGGUGGGUGCAGGAGUGUGUGCAACUGAUGUAAAUAUUUGUACUGUUGAGCCAGAGGGAAUGAUCCGAGUGUGUUGGACAAUAUUGCAACAGUUGGUACAAAUGUUGCACGUUAACAGACAAACUAAAAAACCUGUGUAAUUUAAAUGAAGUAUAAAACACUCCUGAGCUGCCAUGCAGCUAAAAUUGGUGCCUUCUCUGCAAACACAAGGGAAAAAAACCCCAAAAUGUCUUGAUUCCAAACUCUUCUUUAUGCACACAGACAACUUGUGCAUAUGUGUAGAUGGCUGUUUUUUUAAGUAAAGCUGCAACAACCAUUAUGGUUUUUUGUUAGGGUUGUUUUGUUUUCAGUUGUUUUUUUGUUUUGGGUUUUUUUUGUU